CAAUGGCUGGUCGUCAAGUGCAAUGUAUUGGGAGUUGUUUCUUGCAGUCAUGAUUUAGUUUCUGGAUCCAUGUUGAAGGUGAGAGUCAAACCAGGAGACAACAUCACUCUCUACUGUGACUGCAACAUAUCAUCUGGAGUAUACAUAGUGUGGUACAGGAACUGCUCUCAUGAGAAUCAGCCUUCUCUUAUCCUUGGAGGACAAUAUUCAUUCCAGGAGACCACUGCCACUUAUGGUUCUCAGAAGAUUCCCCCUCGUUUCCAAUUUGUAAGAAACAUUUCUUCUAACUCCUAUGACCUGCUGAUCACGAACAUCACUGAUUCUGAUGAGGGCCUCUACUACUGUGGAACUGAGCAGAUAAGAGUGGAGGAUAAAGAAUACAUUACUCAUAAAUAUGUUUACAGAUAUGGCAACGUCACAACAAGGAUCCUAUUGGAUUCUGACUCAUGCCCUGACUCCAGUGGGUGCAUUUCAAACCAUAUGAUUGCUGUGCCCUGGAUGAUGGUGUUUACUCCAGCCUUCACUAUUCUCUCCUCCUUCAUCUCCUUAAUUUUGGUUUAUCACUUCUGUCAAAAAACAGUUAAGGAACCUCAAAUUCUCCAGAAAAGACCUGACACCAGGGGACAAACAAGACGGGAUCAGGAUGAAGAUGUGUUUUUGACAAAAGUUAUGUUCCGGGCUAUGGAUGGAUAAACACGCCAAUAGGCAGAGGAUGGACGACACAAGGACAUUUGUUUUGUUCAAGCAGAAACCAAAUAGAAUGAAAUGACUUCAAAUUCAAAAGGUUCAAAUUCAGGUACACGGUUUUAGUUGUCAUCUCCUCUUGUUGUUGUCCUGUGGUUGAAGACACUGCUCAAGCAACUGGUGAUUUGUGGCCAAUUUGUUAUCAGGUUUAUAAUCAAUCAGACAGUAAUAAUCUCUUUUUUUCCCCCUAUCUAACAUAUUUUCACCACCUUAAAAUGUACAUUUUGAAUGGUAACUUUGUCAC